GUUUGUUGCAAGUCGAAAGAUCAUGUCUACGCGCAAGUAUGCAGUCGAAUUUCUGGGGAUUCCUUCUAUUCAUGCUCUAGGCAAAGACCUGACUGUCACCGUGGAGUACAGUAACAGCUUUCGGACGCAGCCUGGUGAUGAAGUCGUACUAAUUCCAGUAGGAUGGAAAAGCUUGAGUGAGCGGAGAUCUACAUUGCAACCAAGAAAUAGUACGAGUUUCGUCAUCCCUACGGCUGAGCUAUCGUGCGAUGACCCUGAAACAACCAUUCAACUUCUCUACGUGCAAAAUGGUGUCGUGUUUGGUGCAAGCAAUCCAUUUUUAGUGGGAAUUCCAUGUGAUGAGGAUUCUCUACCAUGCGAAUCUAUCGAUUCCUACACAAUUCUGGUGCAUUCUGGCCGAGAGCAGGGAGCAGAGGAACUUUCACAAAAGCGUCGUCGUGGCAACAGUCACGCGGCAGUGUCAGAGUACAUCGAGGCUUCGAGCAAGGGUGAUGAGGACAUUUCUAAAUCUGCUGAAACACGCAAACGAGGUGGCAGUGUCAGCAGUAUUAAUGCUAGUAAAUUGUUUCACCGAUCAGUCAGCAACAUCAGCACAGAUGAUGAAAGCUUUGUCAUCGCAGACAUGCCACCGAGUCGCCCAGACAACCAAUCAGAAGAAAAUCAGCUUCAAGUGAUGGUGACUCAAGACAAAGUGUUUGAUAAGAUUUCUCAGGAGGGUAAAGCUGCUGCCAACUUGUUUACAAUUCUGGAAGAACCGAUUAGAAAUGAGGACAUGGAAACUAUUGCUUGUGCAAUCAGCAGCUAUUACAAUCCUCUAGGACGAGCUCUGGGGUAUGAACAUGAGAAAGUUCAAGACAUUCUGUCUGCCCAUCAGUACGAAGGACAGAGAAACUCCGAGAAGCUUCUUGCCGUCCUUCGAGCCUGGAAAUACAAGCAUGGAGUGAAAGCUACACUCGGGAGGUUAUUGCAAGCGUGUGAAAUGAUUGAAGUGAAAGGAAAAGUGGAAUUGGCUCUGAUAGAAAAGAAGACAAGUAAAUAGUGAAACUUUGCGUAUUGCUGUGCUCGUGUACAUUUAAUAUCUACGAAUUGUUGUGCACAUGUAUUUAGUUAGCUAGACACUGAUGUCUGUCAACGGACAGAAACAGCUGAAUGCUCUAUGUAGAAGUCAGUUUUGCAUUUUAAACGUGACAACACGUUACAAGUUAGCAAUUACAAAAUUAAACUUAAAAAUCCAUAUAAUCAGAUUUCAGGACGCCAUA